GAUCAGAUUCUUAGGUUCUGAAGAGUAAAGCGGUUAAACUUGGGGAUUUUCACGAGAGUGCCUCAAGCCUUGUUGUGACUACUUCCUUAGUCUUUGCAAUGACUGCCCUUUGGAAAGAUAUUUUGCAUAAUAUCCAGCUCAUUAAGUACGUGGCCCCAGUUGCAGUGGAUGCAGCACUACUUGAAGGUGUUCUUAUGCGGACCAAAGAUGAUCCCAAUGCAUCUGAUGUAGUGAAUUAUGCUCCCUUUACACUACUCCCAUCUGCAGUCCCAAGCAGUCUGCUUGAACAAGCCUAUUCAGUUCAGCAAGAUUUUAACCUGCUGGUAGACAAAGUUAGCCAAGAUACGGAAUUCCUGGAGCAGACUCUCGCCAGUACUGUCAAAGUGGAUGACUUUACAGCCCAGCUUUUCAAAAUUUACAAGCAAGUUCUGAAAGAAGGAGUGACUCAGUCGGUUUUCUUAGGAAUCAAUCGCUCUGAUUACAUGUUUGACUAUGGUGCAGAUGGCUCUCCAGCUCUGAAGCAAAUAGAAAUAAACACCAUUGCUGCUAGUUUUGGAGGCCUCACAUCUCGAACUACUGCAGUGCAUCGGCAUGUGUUGAAAGUUUUGGGGAAAACCAAAGAAGCCUCAAAAUUACUGACCAAUAAUCCGUCCAAAGGGAUUGCCAUGGGUGUUGCAAAAGCUUGGGAACUCUAUGGCUCAGACAGGGCCGUGGUAAUGUUUUUGGUUGAAGAGGCUCAGAGGAAUAUUUUUGACCAACGAUGUAUAGAAAAUGAACUUUGGAUGAGGAAUAUCCGUGUAAUCCGAAGAAGAUUUAAAGAUGUUUUUGAAAAAGCAUCUUUGGAUAGUGACAAGAGAUUACAUAUAGAUGGGGAGGAAAUUGCGGUGGUGUAUUAUAGAGAGGGCUAUGUGCCAAAGAAUUAUAACAAACAGAACUGGGAAGCACGCUUGUUGCUGGAAACAUCUAGAGCAGUUAAGUGCCCUGAUAUUGCCACACAGCUUGCUGGAACCAAAAAAGUUCAGCAGGAGUUGAGCCGCCCAGGAACACUGGAAAGAUUUUUCCCAAAUAAACCAGAAGCAGUGGCUCGAUUAAGAGCAACAUUCACUGGCCUCUAUUCUCUGGAUAUGGAUGAAGAAGGUGAUAAGAUGAUUGCCAUGGCUAUUGCUGAUCCAGAUCGGUUUGUGUUAAAACCACAACGGGAGGGAGGAGGGAACAAUCUUUAUGGUGAUGAGCUCAAGCAGGUAUUGGAGAAAAUUAAAGACAGUCCUGAGAGGACCUCCUACAUUCUUAUGGAUAAGAUAAAGUCUCUCCCUGCACUGAACUACUUACUGAGGGCUCAUAGUCCACUGAAACUAUCAGAAUGUGUGUCUGAAUUAGGUAUCUUUGGAGUCUAUGUCAGACAAGGUCAAGAUCUUGUGGUGAACAAACAUGUUGGUCACCUUUUGCGAACAAAAGCUGUAGAGCAUGCAGAUGGUGGAGUAGCAGCUGGAGUAGCUGUUCUGGAUACUCCCUAUGUGAUAUGAAAAUGAAUUACCUCCUCAACAACAUCCUCCUCUUCACUGUGCUCAAUGUGGAAAAUGAUCUUCUAGGGCAUGAUUGCCAAAAGACAGACUUGAUAAUCAGAUCUUCAGUUCUUCUCCUAUAUUCAACCCCAGGAUACAAAGACACAGAGCUACACUGAUUUCCUAGCCUCAGCUAAUACUGGAUUCCAACUUGACUUCAUUGACAACUUCUUCCUAUAUGAAGUACCUUUGUCAAGCACGUCUCUCAUAGACUUAGCAUCCUUUUACUAUACUGUGGCCAUGGACAACGUAUUGAUGUUCUGAUAAGUCAUAUGUUAAAUUAGCACUGGACAAGUGGCUAGAGAUAGAUCUUCAAGCACCUGAUAGCAGACGAGAAUAAUAUCUUGACAACACCUACAUUUUUUCAAGGUGCAUUUUGUACACUUGGAGGAGUAGUGGGAGAAUUCUUCCUGGACUGUGUUGAAAAGUGGUUGAAGACUAGUGUGUUCUGUCUUGUGCUACUCUGCUGAUUAACUAGUGUCCUGAUAGUAAACAACACUUUAAAAAACCUGAAAUAUAUAGUAUGAUUAGAAACAAAAGUCGUAAAGUUAGAAACUCAGUAUACAGCCAGAUAAUCUUUAAAAGGAAAAGUUAUUCAUAUUAAUUUUCAAACAUUUGGAAACAGACGCUUGAGGGUCAUCCCAGUGCCCUACAUUUUUAUUGCACAUAAGCCUGGAACCAUGGGAGCUUACAUGGUUCCUGUGCAUGGGAACAAGGGGUGGUGAUGGUGGUCUCUACUUGCCGUCUGGCUAUGUAUUUUAUCUAGGCAGCCAUUUUGGCCAUCUAGUUAUAGCACCAGGAAGGGGGUGCUUCUAUCCUCCCUGCCCUCUCCAGGCCAAGUUGUGACCUUUGUAGGGAAUCAUCCUGUACAGUUCUUUCCACGAGAGCUGCAAGGAGGCAGGGUGAAAGCUUGGCCUUUGGAGUCCCAGUUCUAAGGUUACAGGAGCUCAGAACUGGACUCUAAAUAAUCAUAUGGUUAGGCUUGCAUCCUGAUUUGUUUUGGGAAGUGAAAAAAACAGCAAGAAAAUAUUCUUCUGUAUCAAGCCAUGUGUCAUUUUAAGAAAAUUUAAUUUUUAAAAACUGACCUUCUGUGUCAUUACUACAUGACUUUUAAAGAUGAA